UUAAAGAGAGAUGGUGGAAUGUCUGCAGAAAGGAAAGUUUACCAGUUAGACUCAAAUUCUUAAGAAAACUAUAGCUCUGAUUCAAUGGUAUUAACAAAGUUAUCAGCACUAACAAAAAACUAGGCAGUUCUCCUUGCAGUUACUCAGGAAGGAUUCAGAAUGGUGUGGGGAAGAUGGGAGGGCUACACUGGACACUUAGCCAAUGUCAAAGGAGUUAUAAGGAGUGAGGCAUCCUCAGCAAAUGACUAUUUUCUUUCUCUCUUUCCUCACUUCUCCGGCCUCAAAGUCCGCACCAUUUUAGCUCCACAGCACUGACACUCCCUUCUCAGCUGCUCAUAGAUGAGCAGUGCACAGAAUCUACCAUCAGCAGGCAGCAUGCUAAGGUUGUGGUGGAGAGGGCCUGACCUUAUUGCCUCAGUUGAAAUCCUCAGCUCCAGUGUCUGCCAGAAGAGGUGGGAGGGGCACAGGAAGUGACUACCCUCUGGCUUCUCCUCCCACAGAAGCCCUGCCUCCUCACACAGGACAGUAGAGAGGUUAGCUUUCUUUCUCCUUCUAGUUCAGUCCUUUGGCUAAUGUGAAAGACCACGCAGAAGCUUUGGAGUUGCUUUUUGUGCUUGAAAAAAGUGCAUAGAUAGAAGACAGGGAUUCCUGGCUGGGAGGAGGGAGGAGAGCUGAAGAUCUCUGCCUGGGCUGGCUGAGCUAAGCAGUCAAAGUGGGAAGCUGAGUGCUUGAAAGAGGAUUAUGCUCGCACUAGAAAUAAGCAGUAAGUGAGCGAAUAACCAUUAUGGUUUAGAAAAGGAUUAAUCCCCCUGGGGUUAUGGGGUGAAGUAGAAAAUAUUGCUUAACUCUAGAGUAAAACUGUAAGGCUUCUGACUCUGUAUACAGUUGUGUGCUGUUUGGAGAGUAGGGGCUUAAAUGCAAAAUCAGAGCUCUAAAUGCCUCCUCCCACUCUUGGAAAAUGCCAGCUUCUACUUAGAAUAGUUGUGGAUAUAAUCUCCUUCCCUGACCUAGCCUCUUUCCAGGAAAAUAUAUUCCUAAAUCAGUAAGGAAGUUGGGAUUAAAUUGGAAAGGUGGAAUUUGGUAGUGGUAGAAUUGCAAUCUUGAAUUAUGUUUGGUGAAUGCUGACAUUGUUAUAUCAGUGAGCAGUGAUUUGUUAAUCACAAGGAAGUCUAAGAUUGGGGCAUUAAAAAGGGAAAAUUGAGAGCUUUUAUGACAAGGAGGCUGAAUAGUCUAUAUGCGUACGAUGAAAUAUAAAAAUGUAUAUAAGUAAUAAUAGAUGGGGUGUUUUAAGGAGCAUUAAAAGUAGAACAGCAGUCAGAAAACCUAGAAGUGCUCAGAUAAAAUUUAGUUAGAAAAGAAGAGAUUUUAGUUUCAAUGACUUUUUGUGCUAGCCAAAAAUUUCACAAUGUUUACAAAGUCAAGACAAUGAUUCAGGGAUACUUUGAUUAUUGUCAUACAUUAUAAAUACUGUUGCUGGGCAAGAUCUGUGGUUCUUUGGUCAGCAAGUUCUGGCAAUGACACCACUGCCGCUGGUGCAAAGAAUUCUGGGAUGCCUGACAGUGAAAUGGAUGGAAGGACCCACAUUCCAACUCUACUUAAUGUCCUUUUGUCCAGAAAUCGGGUCAUGCAAAUGAGCUACUUGAAAAGUAAAGAAAAAGGAUAUGGAAAACUAAGCAGUGAUGAAGACCUCGAAAUAAUUGUUGAUCAAAAGCAGGGAAAAGGCUCUAGGGCGGCAGAUAAGGCUGUUGCCAUGGUGAUGAAGGAGAUACCGAGGGAGGAGUCUGCUGAAGAAAAGCCCCUCCUUACUAUGACAUCACAGCUGGUGAAUGAACAGCAAGAAAGCAGACCCCUCUUGAGUCCCUCCAUCGAUGACUUUCUUUGUGAAACCAAAUCGGAGGCAAUAGCAAGGCCAGUAACGUCCAACACAGCCGUAUUGACCACAGGCUUAGAUCUCCUUGACCUGAGUGAACCCGUCUCUCAAACCCAAACCAAAGCCAAGAAGUUGGAGGCCUCAUCGAAAACCUCAUCCCUCAAGAAAAAGGCUGAUGGAUCUGAACUCAUCAGUGCGGAUGCUGAGCAGAGAGGCCAGCCUCUCCGAGGCCCAGAGACUUCAUCCUUAGAUUUAGACAUUCAAACACAACUGGAAAAAUGGGAUGAUGUUAAGUUUCAUGGAGAUCGAAAUAGCAAGGGGCAUCCAAUGGCAGAAAGAAAAUCAUGCUCUUCUAGAACUGGAUCAAAGGAACUCUUAUGGUCCUCAGAACACAGAUCUCAACCAGAACUAAGUGGUGGGAAAAGCGCCCUGAACUCUGAGUCGGCUUCAGAAUUGGAAUUAGUGCCUCCAACACAGGCUCGAUUGACCAAAGAACAGCGCUGGGGAAGUGCAUUACUUUCCAGAAACCACUCCUUGGAAGAAGAAUUUGAAAGGGCAAAAGCAGCAGUGGAGUCAGAUACAGAGUUUUGGGAUAAGAUGCAAGCAGAAUGGGAAGAAAUGGCCCGGAGGAACUGGAUAUCCGAGAACCAAGAAGCCCAGAACCAAGUUACAAUCUCAGCUAGUGAGAAGGGAUAUUACUUUCACACCGAAAAUCCCUUCAAGGACUGGCCGGGAGCAUUUGAAGAGGGCUUAAAAAGACUGAAGGAGGGGGACCUGCCCGUCACCAUCCUGUUCAUGGAGGCGGCAAUUCUUCAGGACCCUGGAGAUGCAGAGGCAUGGCAGUUCCUCGGGAUAACCCAGGCAGAGAAUGAAAAUGAACAAGCAGCUAUUGUCGCCCUCCAGAGGUGCUUAGAAUUACAGCCCAACAACUUGAAAGCUUUGAUGGCUCUGGCUGUAAGUUACACUAACACUGGCCAUCAGCAAGAUGCCUGCGAAGCUCUAAAGAACUGGAUUAAGCAAAAUCCAAAGUACAAAUACCUUGUGAAGAGCAAGAAAGGAUCUCCAGGCCUUACCCGGAGGAUGUCCAAGUCUCCAGUUGAUAGCUCUGUUUUGGAAGGAGUUAAGGAAUUAUAUCUGGAAGCUGCCCACCAAAAUGGAGAUAUGAUUGACCCAGACCUACAGACAGGCCUGGGGGUACUGUUCCACCUGAGCGGAGAAUUUAACAGAGCAAUAGAUGCAUUUAACGCUGCCUUAACUGUUCGGCCAGAGGACUAUUCAUUAUGGAACCGUCUCGGGGCAACCUUGGCUAACGGAGACCGCAGUGAGGAAGCUGUGGAGGCCUACACACGAGCACUGGAGAUUCAGCCAGGCUUCAUCCGAUCCAGAUACAAUCUGGGAAUAAGCUGCAUCAAUCUGGGCGCCUACAGAGAAGCGGUCAGCAAUUUUCUCACUGCCCUCAGUUUGCAAAGAAAAAGCAGGAAUCAACAGCAAGUUCCUCAUCCUGCAAUCUCUGGGAAUAUCUGGGCUGCCCUCAGAAUCGCACUUUCUCUGAUGGACCAACCAGAACUCUUCCAGGCGGCUAAUCUUGGUGACCUGGAUGUCCUCCUAAGAGCUUUCAACUUGGAUCCUUGAAGGAAAAGAAAAAAAAAAAAAUUAAAAAUGAUAAAUCCUUAUCUGUGUAAUUGUACUAAGAAAUGCAAAACUAUUUUAUUAUGAAUUCCAAAAAGGAUAAAACCAGAUGUCCAAAAGGCCAUGGUGAUAUGACACAAGGGAACUCCUACAGACGAUGCCCAGUCUCUGUUCAGAUUCAAAAGCACAAAAUGUUGUAGAGUCAAGGUUGGGCUCAGAAGAAGAACUGAGAGACACAAAGACAAACCAAGAUAAAGUAACCGUGUGUGAAUACUCUUCACAAGCUGCAAGCAUAUUCAAAACACGUCCUUUGGGGUUUUUGUCCUCACUUUUGCAGCUGAUGACACACCUAAGGAACUUGCUCAUAGGACACCUGGAGAAAGCACUGCCUCUGAUCAGGGAAUUCUGACUGUUUCUGAACUAUCCCCUGCAAUUCCCCCUUUUACAACGUAGUUUGGGCCAAGGUGCAUGCACAUAUAUUAACCCUUGACUAAAGAGAGGCAUUGCUUAGACCUGUUCCGAUUUUAACUUUUACUGUAGCCCUUCGACUCCAGAGAGGGAGCUUUGCUGGCAAAAGCAGUUUUUGCACUAGAAAUUUUUGCUGUUCCCAAUCAAAACUUUUCUGGGACUGUAUAUACGCACUUUAAUAUCUUAUUUAUGCCUUGCUGGAGUUUUGUUCCGUUGCUCCAAUUUUUAACUUAGGGGUGAAAGAUUCAAGAACUCGGCCUUGUUAGAUCAAUGGACCAAAUAAAAAUUCCUGAAAAUAGUUUUUCAUAGUGUAGAGUUUUGAAGGAGUUUUUCUCAAAGCAGAUAGGACACAGGGUGUAAAUAUGUCAAACACAGAUCUUAUUCACAUGCUUUCUGGGACCGUAUGAACUUAAGCAAGAGACAUUGUACUGUCCCUUCAUGCAUUCUCUGCAGGGAGGAAUUUGGAUGAUAACGGGAUUUCUAUAGAGCUAACAUUAACUUGCUUAAAUGUCAUACUUUACUUGCUUUCUGACUGCCCUGCACACCAAUAUUCCUUUUAAACUUUUAAUAGUUUAAAUAGUAUUUCGUAAGAGUGAUAAAUACAUUUUUUCCUAAAAAUUAAGUGUUUUCUUAGUUCCAUAAUAAUCUGCAUUGCUCUCCCUUCUGCAUUCUAAGUGAUAGAAGAUCAAUAUUUUCUAGCUGAAUCUCACUGAAUGUCAGUGGUUUAAUAUGAAAGAUGCAUGCUCCUUUGGCUCUCAUUUGGAACAUUUAUCAAGUGUCAGGAACCUUCUGUCGGUAGUGGUGUUUUAUUUCAUUGAUUACAUUCUACCCACUUCUGCAGGGUGUGUUGUGCCCUGUUGGGGCUUGGUGGUCCCAUUCUUCUUUAUUGUUUUCCCUUCCUUUCUUCCUUCCUUCCUUCCUCCAGAAUCUUCCCCAAAGCAAUCUGAUCCCAACUUUUUCUUCGUGUUCUUUGGUUAAUAGUAGCUGGUUACUCUCAUGAUUAUAGUUACCAAGCAAACAGCAUUUGAAUCAAGACAGUUUAAUUGACUGGAGAGUUAGCUUCUCCUGGUGAGGGCAGUGGAGGAGGGGAGCAGGGUGUGCAGGUAGAAAUCCUCUCCUCUAUUACCUUGGAAGUUCCUCAGGUAGGAAGGGACCUCAAGGAAACAGGAAACCACAAAUCCUUGAAGUUCACGUGUGUUAUAACGACAGAGUUUAUAAAGAUGAAGAGUUUUUAAGGUUUAUGAGGACAAAGAGCCCUGUGGUGUGCCAGGCUUUCAUCUUCACUGUCGAAGCUCACUUGGGCAAAGGUGAUGCCCCCAGCUGGACAGCAGAAGGCAGAGGCAUUAAGGCAUUCACCAUUGGGCAGUCGUGACAACCCAGUCUUUGCCUACUUCCUUCCAGUCUCAGCAGCAAAUAAAGCUCAACAAUAUUUUCAAGAAUAUUCUUUAUAAUUUUAGAAUCCUAGAAUUCAGUCUAGGAAGGACUCUCGGGGCCAGAGUCGAAGUUCAUGGCAGCUGCCUGCUUGAAUAUCCCUGAGAGAAGAACAUCCAUUCCCUGCAUGUCCCUCCCGCCAAUUCCCAUGCAUUCACUGGCUGAUUAGCUGAUUUGCGUCCAUUGUAGUCCAUUAGGAGCCUCUGAACGCGGGAUUCAAAGCCAGCUUUGCAGGUUUCUGUUUAUGAUGCCACUCUAUACUUUCAACAGUAACUGAAUUUGCAGUAAUAAUAAUAGGCUGUUUUCUUAGAUUUGUUGGCCCUACAUGCAUGACAUCAGUUAAUAGUUUAAAGCCUGACAGUAGGGUAAAUGCAGGAUACUUUGAUUUAAUUUGAUUGUUGCUAAGUGGUGACAAAUUUUGCAGCCCAAGUUUGAUUUUGCUGUCAGAAUACCAAGUGAAUUCAGAGGAGAGUAGACAAUUUUCCAUUCCCAUCAUACUUGGAUCAUUUCAGUAGCACUUUCUUCAAUAUAUCUAGUGUCCAUCAGAACCAAGAUUUUCAUAGUCUGUUGCCUAUCAGGAAGUGCAGAAUUAUUGCCCAAGAUAUUUUUCAAUAGUAUUUUUAAACAAAAUUAAGUAAAAACAGUUACUAAAAAAUAAGUGAAAGUUUAUAGAAAUCAGAGCACCACCAAAAAUUAGUAAGAUUUUAGAAUGAUCUUCAUUGUAUGCAUUUUUCAAGUAUAUACACAUUUUUUAAGACAGAACUGGUUUUGGUAUCUUACCCUGGUGGUAUGAAAUUGUCAUUUAUUCUUUCCAUUUCAAAAGGCAGGGUGUCCUUGGUUCCUGUCUAAGGCACCCUGGGAAGGCUUUGAGUUCCUUUUUUCUGAGAGUCUUACUAAGUAAGCCUAAGAUCUCUUAGAGGAUGGUACUGGUUUUCUAGAAUGGCCCUUCAGUUGCAUGGAUGUAACUUUUAAGAACUUAUUUUCACUGGCAGAUUGGAUGAGAAUGCAGAGAAAUCCAGUGAUCACUGCUGAAUUUCAAGAUAUGUUACACCUAUGUCUAGUGGGCUAUUUCUAUGUGCUGUUGUACCUUGACAGUGGGGAUGAGGCUUCCUCUUAAGGUCAUUCCCCAUGACACCUAAAGAAAGGCAGAUAUUGUCCAUCAGGAAGCUUUCAGCAGACACUAUGAGCUGUGCUUUCUCAGCCAAUCUGUAUUUGAGCUAGAAUGGCAAAUUAGAGACACUUCACUGGGCUAGAAUGUGCAGGACAUACUCACCUUCAGAGUUGGAUGCCACUCUUCUCCUUUUCUUUAAAGAGAACUAUUAUGUUGUAUCUUGGGUCCAUGUCUAGAUACUCAUACUAGGUAAGUCUUUCUAGUAUAUUCCUGCUAUACAAGCAAGACUUGAACACAAGUAUAGCUAGUCCCACAUACAACAGGAGUUCCCAAAAUCUCUUCCGUACACUUUAUCCAUGAGCUCUUUGGGAAUAUAGAGAAAGCAAGAUGGUCAUUUUGUGUCCCUUCCUCAUUUGCCCCUGAAUCAGUUCCACAAGACUAGACUGCACUUUAAGUUAGUGGUUGCUAUUGUUUUAUACCUUGAAAUGAUUCUGAAAGGAUUCUAGAAACAGGGUAUUCUGAAGGUUUCAUUUGUGUACCAAUUUUUUUGAGUCCUCAUAUUUUAGAAAUUAUUAAACAUGCAUACACAUGAUUUCAACUUUGUAAAAUGAUUUCAAAUUCAUUCCAUCUCCAGAUUUUACUGCACAGUUUCCCUGUCAUCUCAGUAUUUAUAGAACUGGUUGAAAUUAAACUGUUUUGAACUAAGAAGUAGAUAGAUAUAUAUAUAUUUUUUUAAAGAGUGUUCAUAGAUGAACUCUGGCAUAAGGUUUGUAAAAAGGCAAUUUUUAAAAAAUAAAACAUAUAACCUCAGGUAAAAAAAUAACGCAUGCAUUAGUACUUGCAAAUCUGCCUACUCAAAUAUUAACCAAAGCAUGCAAGAUAACUGUACUGAAUGUAAAUUUACCCAGUGCAUGGUUAAAUCUCAUAGGGUAGCCUAUUUUUCCUUGCUUCUGAGCAAGGAAACAUUUUCAUGAACUUUGCGUUAUAGUUUUACUAUUUGCUUUUAAUAUCUUCUUGUCAAGACUGUUUUCCUGCUAUCACACUACACUGAACUUUACAGAUAUUCACACAUCUGGCUUAUGCAGUGUUGCAGCCAGUGCCAAACAAAUCUACUGAGGAAUCCAGGUACUUAGACAUCCAAACAAGUUUUAAACCAGUUGAGGCACAACAGAUCCAAAACUCAAACAAAAUCCGUGUGUCUGAACACUAAUAAAUGCAAUUGUGUUGAUUGCCUCCACAGAGUUUUGGGUUCAAAAUUCUGAAUCGUGCAUUUCAAAAAUUUUCUAAAAUUUAGGAGUAAAUUAGAAAUACUGACCUUCUAAAUAAGGUGGGAAGGUUGGGGUAAUGUCAGGCACAUGAAAACCACCAUAAGGCAAAGUGGACGUGACAGCUUAAUUUCCACAAAUGUCACAUAGUGACUGUGUGGGUGCCACACCAUUGGCCUCAACAUGGCCCUAUUUAUAUGAUGAGUGAGUGAGCUAUGUGGGCCCCAUCCCUUAAGAAACUGGACUUGGUCUGUAUGUCUAAAGACACUGAAAGUCAGAGAUAAUGAGGUGAUUUCAUGGUCACUCAGAAUGAACUUGGAAGUCCUCUCACUGCCUUUUUCUGUAACCCCUGCUUCAUGAAAAAAUAAGGGCAAGGAGACCAGAAAUGGAGGGAGCAAAGCUCACUAAGACAAAGCUGGGGGUGAGUCUUAUGUUGCUAACAGCUUUGUCACCAUCUCACACACCGCCAAACACACACAUAUAAGCUCAAAGACGGAAAUCCUCGAACUCCUAGCAAAGACUCGUGUGGAGGCAUUAAAUGGUUAAAGAGGAGAAAAACCAGAAAAUCA